AUGGAAGUAGGUGAAAAUGCAGAAAAAUUAUUAGGUGUCGUACCACUUGCGUUUAUUUUAGGAUUUUACACUGAUACAGUCUUGCGUCGAUGGUGGAGAUUCUACAUCAGUAUACCUUACCCCGAUAGAUUAGCCUUUUUAAUAUCCACACAUAUCCAUGGCACGGAAGAGAGACCAAGAAUUAUAAGGAGAACGUUGAUGAGAUAUAUUAAUUUGACAUUUAUAAACGUAUUCAGAAGUUUGGCGAUUUCCACAAAAAAAAGAUUUCCUACAUUAGAUCAUUUAGUAGCCUCAGGCAUCUUAAUUGAAAACGAAAAAAAGAUAUUGCAAACAUUCGCUCCAGGAGAUGUGUGGUGUGUAACCUUAUUAUGGUCAAUAGCAUUAAUUAGUAAAGCGCGUUCUGAGGGUUACAUAAGAAAUCAAUUUAGCACAAUAGGUCUAAUAAAAGAGAUAAUGAAAUUGAGAGGAAAUUUGGGAGGAUUGUUGGGACAGGAUUGGAUAAGCAUUCCAUUAAUUUAUACACAAGUUGUGAUGAUGGCCGUUUAUUCCUUUUGUAUAUUGUGUUUAUUUGGGAGGCAAACCUUUUUGAUACCAGGUGGUUCUGAAUCGGAUAUUGAUGAUGAUACCCCAGUCAAGAUAACACAAAAUAUAAAGGAUUACAGUGCUCCUCUUCGAACAUUAUUGCACUACGCAAUUUAUAUUGGCUGGAUUAAAGCAGCUGAAGUAUGUUUAAAUCCUAUGGGCGAGGAUGAUGAUGAUUUUCCUAUUAACUGGUUAAUAGAUAGAAAUCUUUACGUAUCAUACAUUUUGAUUGAUGAAAUGCACCAAGUAUGCCCACCAUUAGUCAAGGAUAAUUUCUGGGAUAAAGAACUACCUCAACUUCCUUAUAAUCAGGCCACUAAAAGAUUUAAAAUUUUCCAGCCAUUUGAAGGUUCUGCUGCAAAACUCAUGGAAACUAUAACUAUAAAACCCGAUAUCUUGAAACUUCCUGAAAAUGCUGCCUCUGAAAAGGAGAGGAUAUUAAAUAUGGAAUCGAAUUUAGCGGGCCAAGAAAAAGAAGAUCUAAAGACUCCUAAAAAAUUAUCCGAAGAUGAUUCAUUAUUUAGAUUUCCUACGGAUAAAACUGGAAGCGAAAAAUCUUGA